AUGCUGAAACCGCAUUAUGCACAGCCGCAGCAUAUUCUCGCGCGGCCUGCGACGCAUUCACUUUGUUUGCAUACUUCUCCUUCCUCUGUCACGCUUUGGACUAAACGGCGAAGCCAGCGCGUUGUAGCAUUUGCUUUGCCGACGCCUGGCACUUGUUCGAUAAGUUUCUCGACGUCAUCGCCGGACGAUGACAAAAGUAGUUAUUUAGCUCGCAGCAUUCGAAGCUCAAAAAUAUGCAUGCUCGGAGCAACAUGA